UUCUUACCCUGUAAUUGAAAUUUUUUAUAAAAGACAUUAUUGCAUGAACUCUCUAGGAUACCUUUCAAAGAGACUAUUGAGGUUUAACUUCCGCAUGAAGUUGAAAUAAAAUUUUCUUUCUCUUUGAAUAAAAAAUGUCCACCCUAAGUGAAUAUCAGCAAUUGAUUUUGCCAACUAUGAUGAUGAAUAAAGUACUAUCUAUAUGGCCGUUAGAUCAAAACAACAGUAGCAUGGUGGAAAACCGAUUAAGAAUUGUUCAUAGAACAUUAGUAUUUUUAAUCUUAACAUCAUACUCUAUCGCAGUAACUGCAGAUUUUAUUCACCACAGAAAAGACAUUGCUGAUGCAACAGAAUGUGCUUUAAUUGGAAUUGCUUUCUAUCUUUCUGUUGUAAGGAUUGUUAUUUACACAGUACAUCAAGAUAAGUUGACAUAUAUCGUUAAAACUAUGAAAACUGAUUGGGAAAAAUCAAAUUUAAAAGAUCGAGAAAUUUUAAAAGACAAAUGUAUCUUUGUUUUUAAAUUAUCUAAAUAUUUUAUCUUCACUGUGAUAUCAACCAUUCUUGCAUUCAUGUUCAUACCGCUUCUAGAGUCAGUUCUGCUUGGUACCAAUGAACGAAAGUUACCAUUUCGUGGCUACUUUUAUGAUAAUCAAACUAAUUAUCCAGCAUAUGGAUAUCUAUACAUAUAUUCUAUCACUUCUGGAGGAUUAGGAGGCUGUACAAUCGCUGGUGCAACUAGUCUGAAUCUCAUUAUGGUGAUGCAUGGAGCUGCGAAGUUCAAAGUUGUACGUAAGAGAUUGGAAGCCUUGAAGAGUGAGGCUGAUAAUAAAGAAGAGUUUAAAGAAUGUGUGAUCCAACAUCAGAGUGCAAUACUAUUUGCUGAGCGCGUUGAAGGUACAAUAAAUAUAUUAGCGUUGGGUCAAUUUCUCAUUAGCAGUGGGCUUUUGUGCUUUGCAGGAGUUCAAAUUACUAUGGUUGAACAAGCGAAAGGUGAUUUAAUGAAAUAUUCAUCAUUUCUUAAUUCAGCAAUUUUUGAACUUUUUCUGUUCAGUUAUAGUGGAAAUGAACUAAUGAGUGAAAGUGAAGCAAUUGGUAUGUCAAUAUAUAAGUCUGAUUGGAUAGGUGCAGAUUUCAUGAAAAGCUUACGGAUUAUCAUUAUGAGAUCUUUUAUUCCAAGCACAAUUACUGCUGGUAAAUUUUAUAACAUGUCUCUAAUGAGUUUCACUUCAGUCUUAAGUACAGCGUUUUCUUACUUUACGGUGCUACAAACUAUGCAUUCUGAGUAAAGUAUCUCAU